GUCUGGGGAAAGGGGGAUCAGAAAUGUAAAAGAUUGUGCAACAGUAUGUUUACUACGUGACAGAAAAGGGUCAUUUUAGGAGCAUAAUAACUUUGAAUUCAAGCAUAAUUUUGAGCAUACAGUCGAACCUAUUAAGCCGCCAACCCGUAUUAAGCAGCCAGAUAUCAAAGUCCCGAAAUUAUUGUCAGUAAAAUUUCUAUUAAAAAGGAAACCCUUAUUUAAUACACAUCGCUGGGACCCGCUGGGUUUUGGUUUGGAAAAAGUAAUGGCAGACAAGUGUCCGAAGUUGAAAGUCACGACUGAUGAAAACUUUCAAACACACGUUUGUUGUGGUUGUUGUCACGGGACUAAGCCAUUAACCCGAUGGCAAAAAAUAUGACUUCAGUGCAGACCACGUGAUUUUCAAAAGAUAUAAUAUUGUCGUGACAAGUGAACCAGAAAAACAGUGAUACGUAGUCUAUAUUAUGUACAACAGUAGUCACAAGCCUUCAGGCAUGUUUUUAAUUGACGUUUCAACUAAGUUUCGUGAAAAUUCCCGAUAUUAGUGUUCUCCUCCCAUUUCCCUGAGGGUGGCCGCUUUAUGGGGGUUCCACUGUAAUGUUCUGGUUUCAUGGGUGACACCCAAAAGAAGAAUACUCGAUCUGCAGAGGUAAUCGCAUGAAUGCGAAUGCAAUUAAGGAUUAAUACUAUGAGUGAUAUAUGACAAUUUUCUCCGAACUGCAAGGGCCUUUAGGGGAGUACAACUGAAAAAAAAGAUCAAUUUUCUCGAGUGUGAUCUCAGACGGAAUUGGAAUCACCUUUUGCACUGUGGAAUUGGACUCCGCCUUGAGGUAGAGAUCGGAUUUUGAUUUAAUACUUCCGUUAAAAAAACAUAGUUCGUGCAAUUUUUGGUUGCAUCACCCAUGAUCCUCUAUAACGUGAGACGUGGUCUUUUGUUAUUUGUGUGCAGCUUGUUAUAAAUUGAUUUAGUCGGUUGCAGCACGUUUCAGCCAUUAACAUUAUAGCAAACGAUGUAGCCAUCUGGCUGCUAUUUUUGCCUUCCCUCUUCAGACUCUUCAGUCUCCUUGAAAUUUCCAGAAUGAUUAUAGAAGUUUGCAAAAUGAAUGGAAGACCGCCCACCGGUCACGUAACAAUGGUUGUUUAUAAACUCAAAUACAAAAGGAGUUUUCUGCGACAGUAAAUCGAUGGUGAAAAUGGAAAUGUAGAGAUGAAAAACAGUUUUGCUAAAUCGUGUUAUUAAAGCAUGUUUCAUUUUUGAAAUUCUCUCAGAGAACUUUGAUAAUUAAUUUUUUCCAGUCACGGUAUACUUGCAAGCAUAGGCUAGCAGAAGUUAACAGCGCGACAAGGUCAUUUCAUCUAAUCCUUGCAAGGAAACAGCUAAAGCCGCACACACCAAUAUCAUGUAUCACGGAAAAGUCUUUGUUUCUUUUGAAUUUAAAAUGCAAAUUCCUGCCCUCAGUUCAAUUGACUUGUUUUCCCCGCCCACCACUUGAUGAUAUUAGCAUACAUCCAUAACAAAUACCGUUGAUAGUUAGUUUGCCUUCAUUUACUAUAGUCACACUACAUCCGCGCAACAAUGUCUAACAUUUCUCUGGAGACUGGUCCUAAAAAUACGCUUGGAUCACGGCAUUUGGCACUUAAGAUCGUCGAAAUUUCUCUGCUUUUUCUCAUCAAUGUUUUAUCUCUGGGAGGAAAUUUACUGGUUUGCAUAACGGUUUACAGAAGACCUGUUUUACGAACUAUUACGAACAUGUUCAUUGUGGCACUCUGUGUGACGGACAUAUUGUUAGCAUCUGUCGCGAUGCCCUUAACACUGGGAGCGCUUAUGAUGGAUUACUGGCCGUUCGGCGAGCUAGUUUGCCAAAUUCAAGGAUUCAGCAUUCACUUACUGGUUUUCCAAUCUCUUCAAAUCAUCACCUUAACAGCAACAAAUCGGAACCUAAAUGUUGUUCGUCCUUGGCUAUACAAACGUUUCUUCACGAAGCGGAAAACGUUACUAAUAAUUAUGGCUGUCAGUCUGUUAACUGCUGUCAUCAUGGGCACUCUUGUAGUUUCACUUUCAUCGAGAUACAUUUUUCAUCCUGGAAAAGCCAUCUGCGUUAUGACGUUUGCAACUAUUAAACAAAGCCUACGGUUCACGAUUAUAUUCAGUGUGUUCUUUGUAGCGUUUCCAACCAUUAUAAUCUUCGCCUGCUAUGUCAGAGUUUUGCACACUAUUCGGACCAAUCGCCGAGAGUACGAAGCAACCCGAGGGGAGCACGAUUCUAGGUCGAUUUUAAGCCGAGAAGAAGUGAAACUGUCCAAAAUUGUGCUCGUGAUUAUUUUAGGAUUUGCGUUUUGUUGGGUUCCGUGCGUGAUUAUUGAUAUCAUUGACACAACACAAACUGAAUGGUUUCCUCGUCAAGUGUAUCUGUUUUACACUUUCCUGGCUUACACGAGCGCAGUUUUAAACCCUUGGAUUUAUGGAUUUAUGAACAAAAUGGUUCGCAAAGAAAUGUAUUUCUUAUUAGCGUGUAGAUUUCGUUCUUGAAAAUGUGAGGAUAAAUUACUUGUGGACGUCUUAAAAUUUAAUCGUUUUGUUUUUUAUGUGCUUUUAUGCAUCUGGAAUGUUAAAAAGUAUUUGUAUUGUGUAAUUAAUUUUGUAAAUAUAUAAGUUAUUUAAAAGAGAUACUCAGAACGUUCGCGAAAACCUUUUUUUUUUUUUUGAAUUUUUCCCCCAGACAUGCCUGGGCAAUAUUUAUGUUUUAAAAAACCCCUAACUUCUUAACGCUCUCAAAAAGGCUCGGGGCGGUGAUGGAUGGUUUUAUACGUAGUCGUAGGCUAUUAAAGGUCGGACUUAAUAAAAGCCUUGAGGCCAAGUCAUUUAACAGUUAUUAAAAUAGACUGCGAACACGAAAAAGUAAUCUUUUAUUCAUUUCAGUUCAGUUUAUAUUUCCCUGCAUAAUCAGUAAAAAUUUUUACUGUAACGUGUAGGUAGGACGAUUGCUUUCCGGUAUGAUUUCUGAAAUAAAACUUACGUAGUCAGACGUAGGCGCCGCCAGUAACCCAUAUCACUUUCAAUCCGUAGAUCAGCCAUCGAUUAUACAUUACCACCAUAUAGAUAACAAUGAUAAACAUUGCCUCUAAUAAUGAAUUUUAUCCAAUACACGCUAAUUCACCUGCUUGAAAAGAAAAACAAUCUGUGAACAGUCUGGCAGAAUAUCCGGAAAAGCCUCUCAGGUCUUUCAUCACUAAACUGAGCAUAAAUUAGUCAUAUCUUCACUCGCGCCAUCCGCAAGUCGAGCCUACAACCUUUCAAAAUAUUAUUUUAAUCCCUGAGCGAGACAGAUAUCAUCUUUCCGUGAUAACUUGCUAAUUUUCAAGGCAAGAUAACGCAACAAAAAGCCCGCCAAUCCGCAGCGAGUGACGCAAUUCAUAAAUGCUGGGGAAAUUAACGCUAAUUUCAGUUUCAAGUCAGGCACCAUUCAGUCUAUAGGGGUCCUAUAGCUUUCUAGCUCGCGCUGUUUUCCUAUCCAUACGAUCUCGUUGAACAUAUUUUCAAUGCACUUACAAUUUUAACCUGUAUUCCAUUGAAUUUAUCUCUGGUCUUGGUACAGUUAUUUGUUAUAAAAGUGGCCCAUUGUCGUCCGUCUCACGUCAUCAUUGCCUUUUUUCUUUCACUUUUCUUUUCAGCCGAAGGAAAUUGUGGUAGAGAAUGGCUAAUGAAACCCCAUUCACAGGCGUAAGCUUAAGGGUAAUUUUUUCCAGGUUUUGUGGGGUAGUUGGGGGCGGUGAAUCACUUUCCCAAAAAAUUUUCCCAAGUUUCCCAAGUUUUUUCUCAGUUACAUUUCAAUCCAUGGUGAGACUGAAUGUAUUCUUGUAUAUAUGAAUCUAUCAUAUAGAUCACGUUGAAACGGAAAUAACUGUCUCUGCCAUUGCGACGGCCGAAAAUAUCAAUAAUACAAUCCAUGUCAUUGUUUAGUUCAGAGCUGGCCGUAUUCCUUUCAGUGUUAAAGGAACUCAGUGACGGUUUCCGCAUAUUGAAAAGUUUAGCCUCAAUUUUCAAAUUCGUCGUUUGGAU